AUGAACCAGUCUAUAUGGGCAGAUCCACCGGCAGGCGAGUCAGCGACAGAAGCAAAAUCAACAGUACUCCCAGUGCCAGAGCCAGAAAAGACAUCAUCCCCAUCACCCGCUGCUUCAGGCCUCUCCGCCGUUGCCACCRCUUUCGCGCCUGUUCCGGUCGAGCCGCCUCCGCCAGAUGUCGCAACCGCUGAGCUCUUUGCGCAAACCGGCGCAAACGAUGACGAUUUGUUCGACGAUGUAGUCGCCGAGGAAUCGAUGCGAAUCCGCUCCGACGAUGACCUGUUCAGCGAUGAUUUCACUCCUGCGCCAGAGCCUGUAGUUACAGCAUCCGCGCCUCGACAGGCUCCCCCGCCAGUCGCGCAUGCUCCCCGAGGGUCAGAUGAGGCACCUAGAUCGAGGGGUAGGGGAAGAGGAAGGGGUCGAGGAGGCAACGAUGGACGCGCGCAGACUCGGGGAGAUCAGCAGGCACAGGCACCGGCACCGGCAGCGCAAAACACAAGGACAAGCGAGAACAGAGGUCAGACACAGUCGCAAGCUGCACCACAGAACAGCGCGCCACCACCUGAGAAUGCCCCGACUGGGCCACGUAAGGAAGCCACUGCCUCCGUCCGUGGCGAUCGACAUGCUACGGGUGGUGUACGGAAGCCCRAGUUGACGGAGGACGAGCUUGCACAGAAGAUGGCCCAGAUUUCAAUCAAGAAUGCGGACCUGACAGCAGCACACGCGAGGGCAGAGGCAGAUGCUGCUUCGUUUGCUCAUCGAGAGCAGGAGGCUAAGCAUGUGGCCGAGAAGCGGAAGAAAGAGGAGCGCCGAGACCGUCAGCAGAUGAUGGGAGAGCGGGAGAAGAACAGGCUUAGGAAGCUGAAGGCCAUGGAAGGUCGCGAGUGGGAUGCUGAGAAGCAAGAAGAUGAUUUCCGUAGCGGCGCUCGCCAUGACAAGCGGGGCGGCUUCUCUGGCGACAAGGAGGAUUACAGCGAUGGACGGGAAUAUCUCUAUCGUGAACCGAAGAACGAUAGGGGAAGGGGAGGUGGCCGAGGAGGACGAACCCAGGCACCUGUGUCAGCACCGAAAGGGGAAGAUUUCCCAUCUCUCCCACCAACGACUGGAUCGAAGACUGCCAAUGAGCCUGUUUCCACGAAACCUUCGAGCAAAUCCUGGGCAGAUCAAGUCGAAGCCGCAUAG